UAUAUAUGUCAGCUUCAGUUCAGCCUCUUCUCUUCACUCCCAAGUCCUAGAGACCAACUUCAUCACUACUACUCGGUCUUUCCUGAUCACCUCCCUUCUCAGUUUCAGCAGCUCGAUUCGGAUCCGAUCAUGGGUGUCAUCACUUACGACUCCGAGAUCACGUCCUCGAUCCCUCCGGCCAAGAUGUUCAAGGCCGCCGUCCUCGACGCCGAUAACCUCAUCCCCAAGGUCCUCCCGCAGGCCAUCAAGAGCGUCGAAGUCCUCGAGGGCGACGGAGGCCCCGGGACCAUCAAGUUGAUCACUUUUGGCGAAGGCAGUCAGUACAAGACAGUGAAGCACAAGGUCGAGGUCGUGGACAAGGAGAACUUCGUCUACUGCUACUCGAUCAUCGAGGGCGAUGCGCUGGGCACCACCUUCGAGAAGAUCAGCUACGAGACGAAGAUCACCGCGUCACCCGAGGGUGGCUCGGUGUGCAAGAACACGAGCAAGUACUUCACCAUCGGCGAGGUGGACAUCACCGAGGAGAAGAUCAAGGCCGGGAAAGAGAAGGCGUCCGCGAUGUUCAAGGCCAUCGAGGAUUACCUCGUGGCAAACCCUGAUGCCUACUGAGUCAAUCUCAUCACCACCUUGUAUCGUUCAUGUACUGUGUUAAAUAUGUCUGGUUGUGGUAAAUGAGGGAAGAAGAGUUGAGUCUCUCUGUGUUUGGAGUCUAAGAAUGUUGGGCUGGUGAGUGCUGCUGUUCUUGUCUUUGCUGUGAAUAAGAGAAUGAAAUGUUGUGGCAGGAUCAUGGUGCAGAGGUUUUCUUGAGGAGUGAAACUUUGUAAGUUGUGCCACAUAUUUAGCGAGUCAAGGGAAAAAGAAUGGUGAAUAACAAA